AUGGAUCUUCUCGCCUCUUGGACCGCUUCUGAACUAUCAUUGAAAUUUCCUUCAAAAUCGGAAAUGGCAGAUAAAAUGGACUCCGUUGAAGAAAAGAUGAUCAAAGAGGUUACCAUCGCCCAAGAUCCCUCUUCCCUCGAAUUGGGGGGAUCACCUGGAGAUUCCUCCAUCGUGGUUGGGGAGGCCGACCCGACCGCCAUACCUAGCAAUCUCGUCACCAACAAAUGGCAGCAGCUGGCAAACAAAUUGAUCGGAUUGAUCGGAGCAGAGGCUCGGGGGAUCGAAAGAGUUGACGAGUCUCUUCGAAUUCCGAGGACCACUCUAAGACACUACUACGAAAUGACGAUGAUUUGGUUUUCAAUCAACUUGACCGCGAAUAUCUUGACCAUUGGCGUCCUGGGACCUGUCACGUUUGGACUGGGAACUCUGGACUCUAUGCUGUGCUGCCUCUUUGGUACGGUCCUGGGCUCGGUUGCCACCUGCUACAUGGCCACAUUCGGUGCAUUGAGUGGUAAUCGAUCACUAGUUGUGUCAAGAUAUACAAUGGGGUGGUGGCCGACAAAACUCUGCGUCAUCCUUGCGGUGGUGGUCAUUCUGGGUUAUGGACUUGUUGACGCCGUCACCACCGGUCUCAUUUUCUCUGCAGUUUCAGGUGGGAACAUGAGCACGAUCGUUGGAAUUGUUGUCUUCGGUAUCAUCGUCUGGACCGUGUCUUCACUGGGAAUCAAGCACUUUCAGUACUAUGAGAAAUAUGCAUAUGUUCCACAAGUCUGCGUUCUUUUUGUCCUCGUCGGGGUGGCGGCGCCUCAUAUGGACGUCAACGCGAAGAGUACUCUCACGGGAAGAGCUCUGAUAGGUUCAAGAAUCUCUUACCUCUUUGUAUGCACUUCAGGUCCCCUGGGUUGGGCACCCUUUAUUGCGGACUCCUUUUGCUAUCUCCCUGUAUCCACCAGUCGAAAGGGUGUAUUUUCCAUGACGCUUUUAGGAUUUAUCGCAUCAAAGAUCUUUGUGGAAUUCAUUGGAAUUGGUCUCGGUUCAGGACUUGCCGCAAACCCGGCCUGGGCUGAGGGAUUUUCUUCUUUCGGUGUCGGAGGUCUCAUCAUGGCAGCAUAUGCCCCUCUGGGACGCUUUGGAAAGGUCUGUGGGGUGAUUAUGGGCUUGGGGAUUGCGGCAAAUAUGGUUCCCGGAAAUUAUUCUGCGGCAUUUUGCGCUCAGCUCCUUGCCACGAACGCACAGAAAAUUCCUCGUAUUUUCUGGAAUACAGUGGCCACGAUCAUUUACAUCGUCAUUGCCAUUCCCGGUCGCAACAAGCUCCUCACCAUCUUCUCGAAUUUCCUCCCUUUGAUCGGCUACUGGACCAUAAUCUGGAUCGUGUUGACCUUGGAGGAAGAAUUUCUCUUCCGCCGCCGUCUGAAUCCGCAGAUGCCAUAUGACUGGACGAUCUGGAAUGUCAAGGAACGUUUACCGCUGGGUAUUGCAGCAUUCAUCGCAUUCAUAAUCGGUUGGGUUGGUGCAAUUCUGUGCAUGAGCCAAGUAUACUACAUUGGGCCAGUCGCGAAUCUGAUUCCGGCGGAUAUUGGAUUGCCCGUCGCGGCAGCCUGGGCUGCACUGGUCUAUCCUCCUAUGAGAGUGAGUGAUUUUCAAAGCGCCAAUACGUUGUUGUCUCUGCAACGAGAUGUUCUACGCAUCGGUUUAUGUGUGUCUCGCCGUUGCUGA